UUUAUUCUUUAUUUUUGGGUUUCGUUGCUUACGGUCUUCGUUUACAAUUGCUGGGCUUCGAUCUUUGUUUGUGCUGUCGAACAUAUCAUACAUAGGCCCACAUAUUUCAUUAACCUUCCUCCGCAAUUGGAGCCGACACCAUUUAGGGUUCUAUCUGUCUUUAAGUUCUCAUUCAUGUCUGACAAUGGAGUCUCGGGAGAGUAAGUCGAGAAGAAUCGUGUUGACGAUUCACUGGAUCGAGAUAUCUUAGUGUCGUUUCGUCUCCGUUUCUUAUCCACUGUACCGUUAGGGGAUGAAUUGAUUUGGUCAUUAACACUCUUCUUAAAUCCUUCGAUCCACUGCAACCACGCAUUCUCCAUCAAUGCCUCUUCCCUCCCUUCAAGGCGGUGCAUUUACAACUAUAAAAAAGCCUGGUAGGGAGAAGAGCUCGAUGAAAUUCAGCAGCAAAUCUAUUAGAUACUACUUUCUCCCCCUCAUCUUCCUCCUCUUCUUCACUCUUAUUGAAAUAAUUGGAUGUCUUUUGCUAUACUUGGGUCAGAUCAGGUACAAUAAAAGCACGACAGAGACAUUAGCAUAUGUCAUGAGGCAAGCGGAUAGCAUAGUUUCUCAGCGUAGAGCUAUUUCAGAACAUCUUGCUUCAGCAAAGCAGAUGGGGGUUCUUCAGAAGCCUUAUGAUAAAAUCUUGAAAACACGAUUAUCACUGAUUCAACUGCUUACCUUUUGACAAUUUUUGGUCUCGGUAAGUGAAAAAUCUGCAUAUUUUGUAAUGUUUUUAAGUUUUGAAAGAUGAGCUUGUAUAUAACUCCUACAAGCUCAUAAUCUUCCACUACAUGUUUCUCAACUGUCUACUAAUUUGUUAACUCCUAUGAUCUUAUCUAAUCAUCUUCUCCUGCUGCUUCUUCAAUUUUUGGGAUACAGGUCAUUACACGAGUAAAAACCCUGGAAUGUUCUUUGUGUGCUUUCUUAAGUAAGAACUAUCUGACUCUUUUCCUCUUCUUCAGCCGUGUGAUUCUUGGAUGGAUUUUGGUGACUGGCAAGUCAGCUAGAGGCAAGCAAUCGGCAACACGAGUGAUUAUCAAUGUCACCUUCAUCAUCCUGGCUUAACGCAAUCAAGUGCAUAAACAUUGGGUUGUUUUGAAUUCAAGUGCUUUGGAUAGAGUAAAUAUGUUCACUUUCCAGAGAAUGGGAGGCAACUGAAAUACGGAUUCGUACUCCGCUGUUUGAGAACAUAUGGAUUAUGAAGUAGUUUGUUAUACUUUUGCUUUGUUCACAAAUAGUUUGUUCUAUUAUAAUUAAAGUUUAAUUAUUUUCGUCAA